AUGUCCGCUAGUUUUCUCUCGAGUCAUGCCAACAAGCUCUAUCAAGAAGGCUACUUCCUCAAACUCAACGACCUUGAUACACAUGGACGCCCUUAUGUCGAUCGGAAUUGGACCGAAUGCUUCGCUCAAUUGGUCGGAACAGUUUUGUCACUCUGGGAUGCAGCUGCUCUUGAUGCAGCUGGCCAAGAUGGAGAGGUUGCCCCGACCUUUAUCAACCUGGCAGAUGCUUCCAUCAAGAUGAUACAAACCCUUCCGACCCGCAAUCCAGAUGUGCAGCCUCUGCAAAAUGUCCUCUCAAUUUCCACGGCGGGGAAGAACCGCUAUCUGCUCCACUUCAACUCGCUACAUUCUUUGACUCAGUGGACAGCCGGCAUACGCUUAGCAAUGUUUGAGCACGCAUCGCUACACGAGCUGUACACGGGCUCUUUGAUUGCUGGAAAAGGCAAGCAUCUAAAUAAUAUACGGACGAUUAUGGAAAGAACGAAGGUCAAACAAGAAGACUGGGCACGGGUGCGAUUUGGCGCUGGAACACCGUGGAGACGCUGUUGGUGUGUGAUUGAGCCGCCCGACGAGAAAGAAUUGCAUAAGUCCAAUAAAGCGUUGAAGAAGAAGUCCGCAUAUGACAGACCGGCUCUCCCCAAAGGAAGACUCAAAUUCUACGAUUCCAGGAAGACCAAGAAGGCUACGCCGAUAGCGACAAUCACCGACGCCUAUUCGGCAUAUGCCAUAUAUCCUCAGUCAAAGCCGCUGAUCGACCAAUCGACUCUGGUCAAAUUGGAGGGGAAAAUCACGAUACAUUCCAAACCCGAAUCAACGACAGAAGGUUUCGUCUUCGUUAUGCCCGAGCUACAUCCCGCCGUGUCCGGGUUCGAGAUGAUGCUGCGGUGGCUUUUUCCUGUCUUCGACGUUUUCCAUCUAUAUGGUCGUCCUCAACGACUGAUUGCGGACACUUUGGACACACGAGGACUCAUGUUCGCAAUGCCCAAGGAGCGGAGAUAUGGGUACCUGGACAUCAUAGACGUUGCAGCUCUGAUUCAUACUCAAGGCAGCGAAAAGUGGAGCGAGCGCGAGUGGCGGCAGCAACUGAAAGACAUGACCUCCAAGAGAAUGGCGAUGACGGCGCAGAGUCGAUCGAGCAGCAAUUUGGAAGGAAGGAGGACAGCGCGCGCUGUUUCAGAUUCCAGACAGGGUGUGCACUACGAUGAUGGCGCCUCCAUCCGCUCGACGCCCUCGCGACACCAGCAUGACCAGCCAACGGAUGCUGGCUUUGCACCCCCUCAGAAAGCCACCACAGCACCAGCCAAUGCUGCAUAUCUCGCCACUGGUCAAAACCAGCAUUCAAGGUCUGUAUCCGAGUCCGUGGCAUACGUGUCCCCUACCAAGUCGCGUCGCGCGAAAGACAGUUACAAUCAAUCGAGAAUGUCCAAUGAUUUCUCUGAGAUGGAGUCUAACCCACCUCAACCGGCACCUCCAGGGUAUCGUCCUCAGUACAAGAACGGGACUGUUUAUACGGAAUUGGAGGCUUCUGACGGCCGCUAUAGCUCCGACAGUGACGGUCAAGGCCCGCGGAUUCAUGCAGAAGACAUACAGGAAGAUGUGAGGGGAUCAACCCCGCCUGCACCAGUGGCAGCGCCGCCUGAUUUCCAGCAUCAGGCUGGGCAAGUGCCUCGUAAACGACCAGACAUGAGGCCGGAUUUGAGGCGUGAAAAAAGUCGCAUGUCAAAUGCAACUUUGUCUCAGAUCGCUGAUGUGAACAAGAUGGCAAGCAGUGGGGCGGCGGGGCAUGCCGCGAUGGUGGCGUGGAAGACCGGAAGACCAGGGGAGGCGGAAGAUCAGGGGCUCCGAGGGGUAAAUACUGAGACCCCUCACGACGAAAGAGAAACAUCUGCUAAUCAACGUGCCUCCAAAGGGGUGGUAGCAGAUGGUGCAUAUGCAGAGAGCCCUGCUGAUCUCGGAUCAGGACAGACUCGACAGCCCGGUGAUCACUCGUCAACUCGAAAACUGAUCUCUCGCAAGCCGGUUCCCUUUCCCAACGCAUCCCUCGAGGUUCCACGUCAGAGAUCUCGACCUCGGUCUCCAGCCAACAUGUCACCAUAUUCAGCCUCCGAUUACGACAACGAAUCCAUCGGGAGCCCCGAAUAUGACAGUCCUUCUGAGGAUGCUAACCUCGACGUCCUCCCGCAAAGAAGGCGGACGGGUGUGCUCAAGACGGUGGGAGACAUUAAGUUAGGACAAACUGGCAACGUCUCGCAUGGAUCCAUCGCGGUGGAUAUACCGGACGUGGACUUUGGCACAACCUUCACCCCGAGCUUGACACCGGCUCAUAGUCGUCCUCCGACUGCGAGCGGGAUUACGGGCCGGCAGUCUCCGUUCGAUCGGCCUCCCACGGCUCCUGAGACUCCACUCACGAGGUCACCUCACGACGAGAGAGCACCAUUGGGCCGCCAAACUCCUCGAGAGGACAGAACGCUGUCCAGCCCGCGACCCACCCAUUCACGAUCUCGUAGUUAUGCCUGGCACCCUGCCGCCACUACCGGUAGGCAUAGUCCGAGCGGCGGCUUGACUGCCGAAGAGUUUGUCCAGCAACGCGCUGCGGCUGCGCGUAUGCCGAAUGGUUACGUUCCGCACCGGAGCUUCUCGUCAAGCCAAGUCGAGCGAUCUCCCACCAAGCUCCCGAAGAAGAGGGACUCCUUGGCCCGACCCAGUUCGCAAAAUUCCCUCCUGAUGGACUAUUCCUCUCAUCUCUCCGCGCGAGAACAGGAACAUGUGGCGCGAAUGACAGGAGGGCCGCUCAUUCAGGUGACAGAGAGGAGUAAGACGCCAGAUCCGUCCAUUGGCCUCAUUGGCGCUAUUGAAGCACGAGAACAGGAGAAGAGGAAUAUCAGAGAAGGAGUUGCCGGCCAUAUGGUUCAAGCGGCUAUUGUGCAGAGACAAGCGGCAGCAAGGACGUAUGGAUUCCCGCAGUAUCCUGGACACCAGUCUUUCAUAGAUGCCGGACAGGUCGGGCAGUGGACAACCCCGCAGACUUCUAACCCCUUGAUUGGCGCUUUUCACGGUCCUGGUCAAUUAUCACAGCCCCAGGUACAGCAGAUGCAUCUGGACUCAGGGUAUUCUCCCCCAUAUGAUGGGCAAUUUGCGUCGCCGCCGGGGAGUUAUGUGAUGAGGUAG